AUGAGUUCUUAAAAGAUUACAGAUUAUAAAAUACUUUAGGUAAUAACAAAAAAAUCAAAAGUGAAUGAGAAAACACAUAAAAAGGGAAAUUCAAAUAAUCCCUCAUAUGUCCCAAUGAGAAGUGUGAAACUUAUACCUCCUUAGCAACCUUAAGAUAAUUAAUAGAAUGAUGUGACAAUAAUACCUGAAGAGGUUAAUCCAAUCAUGUUAAGCGUUGAAAGAAACCAAGCAUUGAUUUGUGAUUUGAAAUAAGAAAUAGGAUUUUCAACCUAUAACACAAAAUUGUUAAAAAAAACAAAUACAGAUAUUAAUUUCAAUGAUUUAUCUCUUUACUUUUUAUAAUCAAUGAAGUUAUUUAGGUAAGACAAAAAUAGCAAGAAUUUAGGUAAAUUAACAAAAAAAUUACUUUAAGAUAAAAAUAAUGGAAAUUAUAUAAAUUUUCCAUCUUCUUUAAGUAAGAAUGUAAACAUUUUGAAUUGUUUCACUUAUAUUUUUUACAUUAACAAUAUUUCAAUUUUGCUUUUAAAUUCCAUGUUUUGCUUAUUUAAAAAUAAUUUUGAUGCCUUAUUUGUUGAACUUUUACAAUUAUUAGUUUUGUCAAUAAAUUGCAUUUAUAAUUGGUAAAAAUAUAGAAAAGAUAUUUAUGAUAAGCUGUAAAUCAACAAACAAUAAUAUUUUCAUAAUAUUAUAAUUAUUUUCUUUUAAAUCAUACUUAUAGUUCUACUGAUAUUAAUAAUGUAAUUUUCUGUCUAAUAAUAAUAUUUGAUUAUAUGUUUAAUAUUGCUUAACAUAAUUACCAUAGAAUAAUUAAGUUAAAUUAAAUAUAUGUGGAUUUAAGAGAGUUUGAUUAAAUUGAUUUUGUUGGCAUUUUAGUAAUGUUAUUUAUUUUCCUGUGUUUACCUCAUUUUAUUUAAUGAGAAUUUUAUUUUACUUAAUUUUGACGAGCAAUUAAAUUUAUAUUUUACAAUUUACUUAAGGUUCUUUGGUUAUUUAGUUGGUAUUGAUCUUUAAUUAUAAAAUAUUGAAUCAGAUAUUGAAAUAACAGUAUUUAUAUUAUAUACUUGGAUUACUAUGUUGAUAAUCAAAUAUCAAUUUUUGAUUCAACUUUAUUUGUUAGUUUAGAUGCAGAAGACAGUUUUUAAAGAUAAAAAGAAUAUGAUUGAUUUUAUAAAUAUUUUAAAAUCUUUGAACAUUGGUAAUUCAAAAUUAAAAAAACUAUUUAACUAAAUUUAGUAAUAGUAUGCUCAACAAAAAGAGAUAGCAAGAAUAAAGAAUGUGAAUUUUUUGAUAAAUUUUUAUGGAAUCAAGGAUUCAUUGAGGUAAUAAAUAAUUAAUUAGGAUAAAAUGAAGCAUUUGAAAUUUGUUAAUUUGUUUAAUAAAUUAUCAAGAUAAAGUUUAAAUAAUUUGAUAAAUUUAAUUGAAAUAUAGUAUUUUAAAAAUGAAGAGAUGAUAAUAAGCUAAGAUAAAUUAGAUGAUUGUUCAAUAUAUAUAAUAAAAAGUGGUUAAGUAGAAAUAAGUUUUAAGAAUUCUCAAAACAGUUUAGUUGGAAUAAAGGUUUUAGGAGUUCACGAAUGUUUUGGAUAGAUAGCUUUUUUGACUGGAACACCUAGAUGUGCAUCAGUAAGAAGUAUAGGAGAAUCAUGUAUUUAUAAACUUGAGAGAACUAAUUUUUUGUAAAUAAUUUAGAAUAAUAAUGAUGAUAAAGUAUAUCAAUUAUAUAACAAUAGGAGUUGAUAAAUGUGAUAAAAAAUGAAAUAAUAUUUUAAAAUGAGUAUGAAAUUUUGGGUAUAAAAUGUUAUAAUUGUUCAUGUUCAGGCCAUUUGAUAUAAAAUUGUCCAUAAUUGCAUUUGUUGGUAUAGAAGGAAUAAGUAAUAUUGGAUUUUUUGGCACCCUCUGAUUAAAAAAGACAUAAGUGUAUUUAUGCCAAUUAAAUAAGUUAAAAGAAGAGAUGCACAAAGCGCUAAUACAAGAUACAAUGCAUUGAAUACUCAAGUGAAAUGUUAAGAGUUUCAAGAAGAUUAAGGAUAUGUAUCAUCUUUGGGAGAGACAGAUCAUACAAAUUAUCAGUAGAAUCUAUCUCACUAUACCAUAACAUAAUCAUCCAUAAAUUACCCAUCUAAGAUUUUUGGAUAGAAGCUAUCACUAAGACCAUCCACAAUAGACAAUUUACAAGGAGUGGAUGUAUAGGAAUCGUUGAAGGAACAAUAAUUUCGAGAAAUUGAUCAAAUAUUUAUAAGAGCUAGUAAUCCAAAAGCCACAACAUCAACAGCAGGGUUUGGAUAUAAAGAAUAGUGUUCUUAAAAGAGUCCUUAGACAGAGAAUGUGAAUAAUACUAUUGAUGAAUAGGCAAGUGAAGAUUCAAGCAUAUAAAGUUCUUCAUUUUCUGAUGAUUAAGUUUCAAAGACUUCUAGAUAGACUGGAGAUUAAAAAUUAAGAUAAAUGAAAUAAAGCAAUAAUAGAUCAGAAAAGUAUUCAUAACAUAGAAGUGGUGUUAGUAGUAUUUCAAUGAAUAAUACUCCAAAACAGCACUCAUAAUUAUCGAUAUUAAACACAUUCACUUUAAAAUCAGAUAUUAAUAAUAAUGUAUAAUUAAGUGGAGGAACAAAUCAUGGUUCAUAGAAACUGAUUAGUCCUUUGCAUCUAAGAGAAAAAGAAGAUCGAUAGAAUACAUUAACAAUACCUGGAGGAAAUAAUAUGUUAUAGGUUCCAUCUAAGAGAAGUUUAAUAAAUCCUAUAUCUUAAUUAAAUUAUGAGAUGUCUCCUUUUGUUGCAUUCCCUUAACAUGUAUUGCGUUAUUUAUGAUUAUAAAGCAUCCUGUUAUAAUUAAUGAAUUACAAUGGAGUCCUAUAGAUAUCGAUAGACACCAGAUAUUCUAAACUUACUAUCCUAAAUUCAAUGUUGAUAUAGUUAUUUAGAAUUAUCAUACAAUGGUGAAGAAUAAUAAAGAUAAUAUAAAAAGACUAAAGUCAAAUAUUAAUGAGUUAUUUAAAUACAAUACUUUUUGA